AGGUUAAUUUGUGGAAUGUACCCUAGUGGAAGCGGGGUAUUUCUCUAUUUGAUUUCACCGACUGAUCCGUUGCCAAAAACCAUUUGUAGAACAUGCUUACAUCGUGUAGAGCAACAUUAUUCUCUUUUAAUGCGGCUUACACGAAUGCGAGAGGAGCGAAAAAUUCAAUUUUUUGAGUACAAGUCACGCAGAGAAAUGGCAAAUUCAUCAAUAUCCAGCGUGGAAGGCUCUGAUGAGGAAGAUAACUUAGCAGAACCCGCAGACAAAACAAAUGGCCGACCUGGAAAACAGACCUCCGAGUCCAUUCGAUCAAAAAAUACGGUCAUAGCUCAUCGAAACAAUAAUGAAACCCACGAUGAGAGUGGGUCUGGUUCAAGGAUUAGAGACGGUAAAGGGUCUGGAAACAGUGGGACAGGACAUACCACUCCAACAUUAACGUAAAUUGAUGACUGUCAAACAAGUCAAUGGUUUAAAUAAUACUAUAUGUAUAUAAACUUAUUAAUAUAUAAAAACAUAUAUGUGAAAGUAUAAUUUUAGCCAUUAAAGGAAAUCGAUCAACUUAUUUAUAUCUAUUAAACAUUUAAAACCAAAAAAAGGCUGGGUAGCUUGUGCUGUCCACAAUAUUUGAUACUGCUCUUACAAAUUGAUCAUUCAAAUAAAAGCUAAAUCAUAUAAAACUUACUUUUAAAUUACAACUCGAAAAUUUUCGAGCAAUUACAAAAAAGUAUUGCAAAAUUAUAUCGAGACAGUUUAAGCUGAAAGUUGUAAGAUUGGUCGGAUUAUCUUAAGUAAUAAAUAAUUUUUUCUCUCAUUGA